UAUAUACCUGCUAUGUGCAGUCGAAUCAUAUACAUCGUUUCGCACGGUUUUUGAUAUCUUAUCUCACAUCGUUUAUAUGUUGUUGUUUUUUAAUUCUCCUUUUUGAAUAUCGGUAAAUUUUUCUGCACUCUUCCAUACAUGUAACGGCAAUAUAAACAUAUAGCUAGUGAAAAUGUAUGUAUGUAUAGAAAUACAUCAAUCUAUACAUAUUUUAAAACAGUGUAUAUAAUAUAUAUAUAUAUAUAACCAUAGUAGAGUUCUGUUUCAAUCGAGAUUUCUCAAGGUGAACACGUUUAUUCUCGGACGCUUCGCGAUCCACUGACUCCGAUGCGUCCCGGCGAUCGUCACGUUCCUAUUAGAUCUAUACAUAUAUCUAUCCGUCUGUUACAGUGUGCACGUAGUGGAAUAGAUUAUAAAAUAUCGCUGCACAUCGACGGGUCGAAUGUCCGCGGUGAUUUUGGUUCUUCACGCAUAAACGAUCGCAUUUUUACAUUCCUGUUAUAAUAAUGCUAAACUAUAAAAAAAAUCCAUCUGACAUUCCGCCGUUAAAGGCUUGACCCGCGCGCGCGGCUUCUCUCACCCGCGUAUGCGUACCUAUACAUACCUAUAUUACAUGUAAGGUAUAUAUCCGACAACCGCUUCAAAGCCGUUUCUACUUUCUUAAUUCCCAAGCCUUUCUAUAUACGCCGGCAGUCAACAUCAACCACCUCUUACAAAUCCGUCUUGUCUCUCUUCUCCGCUUAUCAUCGUCAAAGAACUCUAACGUUAUUGAAAAAAAAGAGAAAGAAAAAAAAAAAAAAACCAAAUUCAAAGUCCACGAGGUACAACGAGAAAAAAUCAAAUAACAAUAAUCUCAUUUGUUCCAAAAUUUUUUUAUCUGCAUACAGGAAGUUACACGACAAAACGCAGGCGACGAUGUCGAUAACGAUGAUGUGAACGACUGGAAAAAGUGUGAAUAAAAAACCAAAAAAAUUAAAAAAAAAUCGUGCUGAACAAAAAUAGAAGAACACGAAUAAUAAGAUUCAACGAACGAAUCAUGUACCGUCCAAAUUUUUACGAAAGCACGUGCCUGAGAUGUGCCCAGACGGUUUAUCAGGUUGAUAGGGUCGGUCCGUUGAAGGAUUUUACGUUUUUUCAUUCCGGUUGUUUUAAGUGUGCUGUGUGUGGUACGAAAUUAACGUUAAAGACAUACUAUAAUAAUCAGCAUACCAUUAAUGACAAGGAAGUUUACUGCAGUAGUCACGUGCCAAAACCUGGACCAGGGACUCUGGAUGGUUCUAGUGUUGGAAUAAGGAGUGCGUUGAAUGUACCGCGAAGCGGAUACGUCAACGAACAAAUCAGGGCGGGAGGACCGUCUCCUAGAGGGAUUUAUCCACCUGGUUACGACCACGUCGAGUCACCUACGAAUCAUCUUCAUCAUUCCCGUCAUUUGAAUGGGCACGGUUCUCCGCCACCGACAAAUUCCGGCGGUCACAGAGGUGACCAACAUUACCACAAUAAUUCGGGACUCGGCGGCGGUAAUAAUUCGCCCUAUAAUAACCACAACAACAAUUACGGAGGCGACGGUUACCAAUAUGGAAGAUUCGAUGCGAGCGCAUUGCACAUUGCACAUGCGUUGAAACAAACCGAACUUCAAAAAGGUUACAGCAAAGCGAGGGAAAAACCGAUCGAUUAUUAUCUGGAUCGAGAUGAACAGACGCGACUCGAGAUGAAACACAGGAAAGAGGAGGACGAUCUUUACAGGAAAUUUGCUCAUCAUCGAGAAGAAGAAGAUCGCAGAAUUCGGGAGGAAUUCCGGGACGAAUGGGAAAAAGAACUGGAACGAUUAUCAGCGAGAUGGGAACGCGACAGAAGCGGAAGCGGGAUGGGAGGAAUUCCCGGUGGAGGAGGCUUAGGAAGUGGAGUGGGAGGAGGAGGUUCGAGAGUUGGCAGAAACCAGCUAUUCCAACAGGAAAAAGAGGACCUUGAAAAAAAUAUGACCCUCCGGAGAGACAAGAAAAAAGAAAGUCUCACAAGAAAAAUGCUUGAACAUGAAAGAGCCGCGACAGCAGCCCUUGUAGAAAAACAGAGCUCAGAAAUGUUGGAGCUCAUAAACGAAGCUCGUAGCGAAUAUAUGCUCCAAGAAAGUCUUUACCUUGACGAAGGCGAUGGUUAUGCUCAAGAAGCACCUCCACCUCCAUAUCCUUCACGUGCUCCACCCCCGCAACCUCCAGCAUUGGCUAAAUAUCACAUUUACAAUGACCCCUUGGAAUUUGCCGAUAUGGACCAGAUUGCGAUAUCUGUAGCGCAGGAAGAUCAGAAGACGUUUACAGACUUGGUUCGUCAAUUGGUCAGCCGAUGCGGUUCGGACAUUGAAAAAGCGAGGACGAUAUUCAGGUGGAUAACGGUUAAAAAUCUCAACACCAUGCAAUUUGAUGAGAAUCUUAGGGGAGAUACACCGAUGGGGCUGUUGAGAGGCAUAAAGCAUGGGACUGAAAGCUACCAUGUACUUUUCAAAAGACUCUGCAGCUACGCUGGUCUCCACUGUGUAGUGAUCAAAGGGUACAGUAAAUCAGCUGGAUAUCAGCCCGGAGUACGUUUCGAGGACAACAGAUUCAGGAACAGUUGGAACGCAGUUUACGUCGCUGGAGCAUGGCGGUUUGUGCAGUGUAACUGGGGGGCACGUCAUUUGGUGAAUGCUAAGGAGGUUCCGAGACCUGGACAGACUAAAGCUAAAAGCGAUAGCCUCAGGUACGAAUACGACGAUCAUUACUUCCUGACAGACCCUAGAGAAUUCAUCUAUGAAUUCUUUCCGCUACAAGAAGACUGGCAGCUUCUGAAACAGCCGAUUUCACUCAAAGAUUUCGAAGAGCUGCCCUUCGUGAGGUCGUUGUUCUUUAGGUAUGGUCUGUACUUCCCGGACACUAAUACAAAGGCUGUGAUGUACACGGAUUCGACGGGAGCUGCUACAGUAAGAAUAGCAAUGCCUGCCCACAUGCAAUCCUCACUGAUAUUCCAUUAUAAUCUGAAGUUCUAUGACAGCGACGGAGAUGGCUACGAUGGUAUAUCGUUGAAGAGAUUCGUCAUGCAGUCUGUUGUAGGAAACGUUGUAGCGUUCAGAGUCCACGCCCCUUGUUCCGGAGCAUUUCUCCUGGAUAUAUUUGCCAACGCAGUUACGCCGAAAGAGUACCUUACCGGAGAACCGAUGAAGUUUAAAAGCGUUUGUAAAUUCAAAAUCGCCUGCGAAGAACUUCAGACCGUUAUGGUUCCCCUCCCAGACUGUGCAAGUGGAGAAUGGGGACCGACCAAAGCAACUAGACUCUUCGGAUUGGUCCCAAUAACCCAUCAGGAGGCUCUAGUAUUCGCUGGACGUGAAUUGGAGAUUCAAUUCCGCAUGUCACGACCUUUGACCGACUUCAUGGCAACUUUGCAUAAAAAUGGUAUCGAGGAAAAGCGUCUAUCCAAAUACGUAUCUCACGCGGUAGCUGAUAACGACGUUGUCACUUUCGUUAUCAAUUUUCCCGAAGAGGGUCAAUAUGGUCUCGACAUUUAUACACGAGAACUUGCUUCGUCACCUCAUCACGAUAUAACCGGCGAAAAACAUCUGCUCACACACUGCUGUAAAUAUCUAAUCAAUUCUAGCAAGAGAAAUUAAAUACCUAUAUUCAUACGUUUAAACCGUAAGAUUCCACAAAGACAAUUAAUAUAUUGAAUAGAAUAUCGCUGAAAAGUAAAUAGGUCAAUAGAAUAAUAAUAAUAAUAAUAAUAGAAACAAUA